ACCGUUUUAACUCGUCACCUACAAAACCCUAGCUUUUCUCCUCACUCAUCCAGUCUCACUCCUACUCUACCAUGUCUUCUACUACAACAGCUCCUCCUCCGCUCCGGCGAAGGUCUCGAAGUUCGCGGCGGCGGGCGAAGGCCGGCUUCGUGAUUCCGAAGAACAAGUCCGGUUCGUUGGUUCCAGUCUUCAAAGGAGCGAAAAAACCGGGAAGCAACGAUGUCGACAGUGGUCAUGAAGAAAAAAGUGUGAGCAAGGCUCAGAGAAAGACCAAAUGGGUACCUGAUCUAACGGAGGACGCCGGCGUUAGAAGGGGAAGAUUGUUGGCUUAUCAGACUCGGGUUGAUCAAAUUGCGCAACAGCUGAAAUUGGGAGUUCCAGAUGUAGAGGACAAUCAAGAUUUACAAUUAGCUGACCAGCAUGAUGAUCAAAAGUCUUCAAAUCCUCAAGCUGAUAGUGAGAAGUUAAAACUUUUGGAAAUCGAGAAGCAGGAAGUUAUUGGUGAGAUUCUAAGAUUGAAUCCAAGCUACAAGAUCCCACCAGAUUAUAAACCUUUGUUGAAAGAGGCAAUAGUUCCCAUCCCUGUAAAAGAAUAUCAAGGAUACAAUUUUCUUGGUCUAAUAUUUGGACCUGCAAGUGAUACUCAGAAGCGAUUAGAAAAGGAAACUGGAACAAUAAUACAAGUUUAUGGCACCAAGGCAGAUACAGGAGAGAAGGUUGAAAUAUCACCAUCUGAUGGGAAUGUCCAGAGUACAUUUGAAGAGUUGUAUAUUAAUAUCUCAGCUGACACAUAUGAAAAAGUUGAUGCAGCAGCUGACCUUAUUGAAUUGCUAGUCAAUUCAGUAUCAGAAAAUUUAGCUGCUAUUUCAACAUCUACUUUGGUUUCGAGGGAAAAUGCCAAUGCUCUUAGUCAAGGGCAGGAUGAAGGUAACCCAUUUGUGAUCCCUAGUGCUGCUGUAAAUCAGGGAUUAGCACCUGUGAUUGGACCUAUGCAAACUCCUGUACAAGGUCAGUUUCAAUACCAAAGUCCAUGGUUCCCAUCAGGUCCACCUCAAACUCCAAUGCAUCCUCUGAAUUCUUCAGCACCCAUUUCCACCAAUCCUGUGAACAUGCCUUCACUAUUUGGGCCUCGACCAGCUGGUUUCACUUCAACUUUCCCAAAUUUGCCUCUUGUCCCCCAAAAUUCACUACCGCCAAUGCAAGUUCCUCCCCAUCCAUAUAUGCGUCAGAUCCAUCCUUUGGGUCAUGCUGGUCCAUCUAGUAGUUUUCCAAUGCCAUCUCAGCCUUCAUCUGCUCAACUACAAGGAAGAUCUUUAAUCCCUUCAUUGCCUCAAGCUGUGUCAAGUAUUCCACCAAGACCACUACCUGACAGGCUAUUGACUCCUACAGGGAGCUCAUCUGGAUGGUCAGGAGUUCCUGCAGGUGCUGCAGCAUCUUUAGGUUCAAGCAACAUGGGACAAAUGGCUCCAGUAAUGGUUCCUCCCCAGGGUCUUCGUCCCGGAGUUUCACGACCAGGUGUUGCAGCUAAUGCUCUUCCAAAUAUGUCAGCACGCAAUAUGGCUUCUCCUUCUUUUCCAUCUGGGCCAUCCAGCACAGCCCUAAAUCGUCCUGCAGGACCAUUUUUUCCUUCUGGUCCUCCGCCACGAGUGGGAUCUUCUCCGGCAUUUCCUGCUUCUGGUCCUAUGCAAUCUUCACCAUUGGUGCCAAUGGCAGCUUCAUCAGGGCCAUCAAUAUCACCACCAAACUUUUCUACUAUAAAUCAAGCCUCCGGAACACCUUCAAGACCUCAACUCCCAGGUUCUGGUGAUUUUACUUUUCUACCUCACCAGCCACAGAAUCUAGCCCCUUUAACAGUUCCCAGGCCAAGCAGUCAGCCAAUGAUGAUGAAUACUCCACCCCAUAGACCAAUGAUGCAACUGCCAAGCCCUCAAGCUCCAUCUUUUCGGUUGACUGGUCCUAGUGCGACUGCUCAACCUGUCAUGCAAGGUUUUCCUCGGCCACAGGUUGGCAACCAGAUGGGUCAACCUCAGGCUCCUAUGUUUGCCAGAAACCCAAAUGCAGCAUUUGCAAAUGUAAGUCCUGUUGCUCCUACAACUCCAGUUUCUCAAAUGAGACCAAGGAACUUUGGUACCGGUCUGCAAGUGCCCAAUUUGGCUGGUCCUUUCCCUCCUAGGCCAGGAAAUCCUUUGCAGCUUCAGCAGAAUUAUCCAGCACCAGCAAAUCGACAUCAGAAUCACAUAGGUCUAAUUCAACAGUUUGGAAACGAUCGCCCCUUUACAUCCGAUAAGCUGGCACCAAGUCCUCGUGGACCGCAGAUUUAUGAUCCAUUUUCUCCUACUGCGUCUAUUCCACCUCAACAGCAGGGAGCGAAUCCAGCAAUGGCCAGAAAACAGGAGAAUGAUCCAGAGUACGAAGAUCUGAUGGCUUCAGUUGGAGUGAAAUGAUAUGGUAUUGCGUUGGCUAAACUGAAUUGAUUGAUAGAACCCACAAGAGUCAGCUAAAUCAUAUUUUGUAGUGCUCUAUUAAUUACUUGCAUGUUUCGGAAGUUGUGGUUUCUUUUAGUAGAUUUAAUACAUAUUUCAUCCUCGAUUACUGAUUCUCAAUAGUUUGCAUAUGCUGAUUAUCCUAUGGGAAGCUUGCGUUUUGUUUUUAACUAUAAUAUUACAAAUACAA